AGCGGUAUUCCCGAGUGUAGCUCAGGGUAAAAUGUCAGUACCAAAAGCGGUAACCCCGAGCUACACUCGGGCUUACCCUGUGGCGUUGCUCAGGGAUUCCCUGCAGAACUUACCUUGUCCUUUGCUCCCACGAUGUGUCCCCUGCAGCGUCCCCAGCCAUCUCCUCCGGCCGAUGGCGGCAUCCGGCUUCCGUGUUCCGGUCCCUGUGACGUCGGGACGGCAAAUUUGAAAUUUUUUAAAAAAUGUCAUUUUUUUAAAAUGAUUAUUUUGUCCCUACUGCUUUGUCCUGUGCCCUGCCUGCAUUUGGACUGUUCUUUCUG